AUGACUAGUCGGGGCUUUAAUGCUGCCGCAGGGAGGAAUCGAAGGCAUUACCUGCGACUCCUGAGGGAAACUGCGCAGGAGGCCAUUUCGGAAGGAACAACGUUUGCUGCUGGAAGGGGCGUCUUCAAGGCCUCCUCGAGGCUCGGACCGCAUGAGGCGACACUGCAACUUCCGGCGAAUUGGGUGCAGACCUCCACUGCGCGUUUGCAAACGUCACUGGUGGGAAUUGUUUCAAGGGAGAGAGUUCUUCGCAACGACUUGUUUUUGUGCGCACUCAUACACCCAAGUUACGUGGCUGUGCGAUCGGUACGCUCGGCGGUAGCGAUGCCCAUUGAAUUAACACUAACCGGCUCUUCCACGUUGCGGUUGCUAAAAGAGGUCGCGGCUGUGCAUGGUCUGGACGGGGUUUUAGGGGCGGCGGAGAUUGCGAGCAUUCCCAGAGCACUUCACGUGGAGGAUCUUCUGCUCUAUGACACCUCCAUGUUCAAGGUGUGUGACCAACUCCCACCUGAGGAGGUUCGAAUGGCUGCGGCCACGGCGUUGUGCGGCGCAGUGGUCCUUUCCGAGGGAAUCGGUUCUGCCACGGCCCUCUUGGAUCGAACGCGUGAUGCAGAAAAGAGGGAAGGCGGAGGGGAGGGUGGGGGCGAGCGAUGA